AUGCCAUCGCCUCAAGCCCUCCUCUUUGCCCUCAUCCUCGCCCACAGUGACACCCUCACUCAGUCUUUCGCCCUCUCCUCGAGUCUGGGUUCGCUCCGGCACACACGCAUGCUGCUGCACCUCAGGCAUCCUCAGCACAUAUUCUGCCGGCUCGUUGCGACGGGAGACUGCAUGAGAGCCCAGUUUUUUUCUCCUCACCUCAGCUCCCCCUCCCAAGGUUCCCAUGGUCUUCGUAUCGUUGAGCUGGAGCACCUUGCUCCACUGGAAGGCAAAGGGCCUGAGAGGCAAGCACGGCAAAUAAUCCCAAAUCAGCCCAGCCAGAGGACCAAGACCAAGACCAAGAUACCUGGAUACCAUGAUACCAAACCCAACAUGCACGUCAAGAGACUCGCACGUCGACUCGAGGUACAGCCUGCGUCUCAUUCGCUCGUUCCUGUCCCCGUCUUCUGGAUGGCCCGUCUUUUCCACAAGAGUGUCACGGUCGUCACCCUUGCUCUGGCCCUCGCCCUCGUCCUCGCCCUCUUUGGUAGGCCAUCCAUCAGCCGUGUUACCCUGGACCAAAGUUGGACUUGGGCCCCAUUUAGCGGUUUGGCUAACUCUCCGGACCUCAUCUGGCCCGCGCGGGGGCCCUUCCCGAGCCUGUCCCUUGCAACUUGCGACUGGGUACCUAUCUAUCUAUUGUCUGUUUCGUCUGGUCCGCCUUCUUCGUCCAAGAGCGGCAGUCCAUUACCAUCCAUCCUGUCUUUUCACUUACUCUUUUCACUUCUCCAUCCCAUCCGUACGAUCGCCAUCCUCCUCCUCCUCUUCUCCUCACUCUCCUUGUUCGACUCACCUAUACUCUUCUACACCUCAUACGACCGGAUCAACAUCGACUCUUCUAUGGAUUAG